AUGCCAGGAAAGGGGUCCGUAUCCAACAGCUCCUCCUCGCCCCGGAAGUUCGGAAUGGUCGCGCCCCCCCCUAGUAGUGUCACAUGCGUAAAACCAUCGGACCCUCCGUUCUUGAGGAAGCUUAAGGAGCGCGUCGGCUACAAAGAAAGCCCGACGGUCGACACGAAGAGGGAAGAACACCAACCUGUUGACACUGUAGACCCCGACCUCGAUGACGAAAAGCCUGUCGUCGUCGUUCUCAAGGCGGGCGAUUUGACUGCUGAGGAAGCUGAAAUCUACAGUCAAAGAGAAGGUAAAAUAGAAUUUACGUCCUCAGUGUCGAGUUACAUGUUCUUAUCAGUAACCUGA